AUGCAGAGGGAGAAAUGCGUCUUCCCUUUCUGCGCUAGAGGGGCACUUCAAGGAUUACCAUCUGGUCCUUCAAACCCUGCCUGGUAACAUCUUAGGACCAAAAAAAGACCCUCUAACUAUUACCUACACAAAAGGCAGGAAACAUGGUGGGAUUCAAACCCUCAGAUGUGCCUCCUCCCCUUGGGGUGAAGAUGGCGAGCGCCGGAGCAGCGGCCUGCAUAGCUGACAUGGUCACCUUUCCUCUGGACACGGCCAAAGUCAGACUACAGAUUCAAGGGGAGAAACAGGCGGUGGGAGGCAUCCGCUACAGAGGGGUGUUUGGGACCAUCAGCACCAUGGUCCGAACAGAAGGCCCCAGGUCCUUGUAUAACGGGCUGGUGGCCGGGCUGCAGAGGCAGCUCUGCUUUGCCUCCAUCAGAAUCGGCCUCUAUGACAACGUGAAAAACUUCUACACUGGUGGCAAAGACAAUCCAGGUGUGUUAAUACGGAUCCUGGCCGGCUGCACAACGGGAGCCAUGGCUGUGUCGUUUGCACAACCCACUGACGUGGUCAAGGUUCGCUUCCAGGCUCAGAUGAACCUAAACGGUGUAGCUCGGCGCUACAAUGGCACUAUGCAAGCCUACAGACAGAUCUUCCUCAACGAAGGCUUACGAGGCCUGUGGAAAGGAACUUUACCCAACAUCACUAGAAAUGCAUUGGUUAACUGCACAGAACUGGUUACGUACGACCUGAUCAAAGAGGCCAUCCUCAAACACCAGCUGCUGUCAGAUAACCUGCCUUGCCACUUUGUGUCUGCUUUCGGAGCGGGCUUCGUCACCACAGUGAUCGCCUCCCCAGUAGAUGUGGUGAAAACACGAUACAUGAACUCUCCUCCAGGCCAGUACCGGAGUGCCAUCAACUGCGCCUGGACCAUGAUGACUAAAGAGGGACCAACAGCGUUUUACAAAGGGUUCGUACCCUCGUUUCUGAGACUGGGAUCCUGGAACGUCGUCAUGUUCGUCUCAUUCGAGCAGAUCAAGAGGGCCAUGAUGAUGUCCAGAAGGAUCGAAGCACCAAACUGAGCUCAGGAUGGCAGUCUGAAUGCUGUGUGUCUAAGGGGGAGGAAAUAUCCCUUCCUGUUGAACUUUAUUUAUACUUCAUCACCCUGGGAGCAGAGUGGUCCCUGUGGGACUCAAAGCCAGAGAAACAAGUUUGCACUUUAAGUAAUGUUUGUAGAAAUCUGCUAAGGAGGCAAACCAGCCUCUCAAUAAACUAAAACUGGUGUUU